AUGAGGACUUGUGUUACGUGGCACCUGGACCACUGUCCGUUUCGGGGCCUGGACCGGGUGGCUCUGUUGGGCCGGGUCCUUCGCAGUUGGGUUCUGCACCUGUAUGGGAGUUGGAAGAGCCGGUUGCUGGACCCUCGGCCAAAUAGAGACCAUCUUCACCUGGACAAUCUUCAGCUAUUAGAUCUGUCGAUACAAGUAUUAGGAGAACUGCACGCCCCACAGCUGGUCAUCAUAUCCGACGAGCCUCCCCGUCAGAAUGGUCCCCUUCAGAGUGGCCCCUUCAACGCGGCUCUCCUUCAACGCGGCUCUCCUUCAGCGCGGCUUCCCUUCAGAGUGGCCCCUUCAACGCGGCUCUCCUUCAACGCGGCUCUCCUUCAGCGCGGCUUCCCUUCAGAGCGGCCCCCUUCAGAGCCUCUCCUCUGGGGCUUCCGCCUCUUUGUGACCACCCCUGGGCCACACUAA